AUGGAAGGAAUCCCUGUGGAUGAUUCUGCUUACUUCACCUUUGACCACGAAUGGUCUCUGCUGAGUUUUUUACUAUACCGUCAACACGGACGGGUCCAAGGACAUUUUUUUUCUUUGGAUGGGGCUGCGGUCUGUGUUCAACUACUGACUGCGGAAGAAAAGAAAUCACAGUCAAUCGCCAAGUUUUGGGAGAAUGUCGCGUCUGUGGAAGAGCAUACUACCAAUGUUACGCAGUCGGUUUUCCAACAAGAUCACAUGGAAUAUUUUGGCGCGGAAACGUUCAUCGAUGAGGAUCCCCAUAAUUCGAAGCCGAUUUCUUACAAGUACAAUCUGUUUAGGGAAAUGAAAGAUCAGUUGGAUCGUCUAUUGAAGAGAUUGAAAUUCACGGAAGAGACGAUAAAAAGGUUGUGCCAAUAUCGAAUUGGAACAACAUUGAGAAGUGUCCCAGAAAGCCUUGCUGUUCUAAAGGAUGAGUUGCGAUUAAAGCAUGAUUUAAUCAGUGUCCUCAGUGUUGUCAAAGAAGUAAAAAAAGUUGCAUUACGAACAAGACCAGAAGGAUUAUUUACUCUUGAGGAUCUUCCAGAAAUAACAACUAGCCCCCAAAAAAUCUCGAAACAAAGUAGUUUGACAAGAUACUUGUUUAUUACCAAUAUGCACAGUGUCCCAUAA